AUGGUCUCUUCAGACGACGGAGGAAAGCCCGCUGCCGUUCACUUUGGUGCCGGAAAUAUUGGUCGCGGAUUCAUCGGGGCAUUGCUCGCCGAGUCCGGCUACCACGUCGUAUUCUCGGACGUAGACAAGAAGACGAUCGACGAACUGAACGCGAAACCUUCAUAUCCUGUAAAGGUCGUCUUCGCGAAUGGCAGAGAGCAUGAAGUGCAUAUAACCGAUUUUGCCGGCGUGAUGUCGAGUGAGGACGAGGUUGUCGACUAUAUUGCUCUUCCAGAUACGCGCAUCAUCACUACAGCAGUCGGGCCAGCCGUACUUCCCAAGAUCGCUCCGACCAUCGCGCGGGGUCUACGCGCCCGUCGUGACGCUGGCGCGCCGGCUCUGAAUAUCAUCGGUUGCGAGAACAUGGUGCACCAGACGGACGAACUGAAGAAACAUGUCGAAGAACACUUGGACGACGACCUUCGAGCUUACUGCGCCAAGCAUGUAGGCUUUGCGAACUGCUCCGUUGAUCGCAUCGUGCCCGGCGGAGGCGACGAUGACUCUGAAAUCCUGGCAGUCACUGUAGAGGAUUUCCUGGAGUGGGUGGUAGAUAAGACGGCUUUGGUCGCACCUGUCGACCCGCCAAUCAAGCACCUCACCUUGACCGAUAAGCUCGACGCCUACAUCGAACGGAAACUCUUCACUCUCAACUGCGGUCACGCCACUGUUGCCUAUCUCGGUUUUGUCCGUGGCAUCGAGAAAAUUCACGAGGCAAUCUCGCAGAAGGACAUCUACAACUAUACGCGUGCCGCACUACAAGAAGGUGGCGCUGCCCUUGUUCGCAAGCACGGCUUUGACGAGAAGGAGCACUCUGAAUAUAUCGAGAAGAUCCUCAAGCGUUUCGCCAACCCGGCACUGGGCGAUCCGGUCGCAAGAGUCGGCAAACAGCCGCUGCGCAAGCUCGGAAGGCGCGACCGCCUCCUAGGUCCCAUUUAUAUGGCACGCCUAUACGAUCUGCCCAUCGACAACCUUUGCCGUUCCGUGGCUGCAGCUUUCUUAUUUGAUCUCAAGGAAGAUGAAGAAAGUGUCGAGCUUCAGGAGAAGGUGCAGAAGAUAGGCAUCGAGGAUGCGGUCGUCACAAUAACUGGAUUCGAGAAGGGCACUCGCGAGUUCGAGGCAGUGGUUAAAGCUUACAACGAACUAAAGAAGUAG